AUGACAGACAAUUUUGAAAAUGAUGAAGCAACAGACAAUGAUGCACAAUUUGCUGGUGAUGAUGGUAAGUAUGGAAAUGUCGAGCCAGGCGAUGGAUCACGAUAUCGUCGACGGGGACUAUUCGGUCUUCGGGGAAGAACUAUGUACCGACGAUUGCAAGAAUUGUUACCACAAUAUAAUACUUUAACAAAUCCCGAAUUGGCAGCAAUAACAGAAAAUGCAAUUAUCAUUGCUGCUCAACUUUGGAACAAUCCAAACUUGUUAGACGACACACCGUUAACAAAUUAUGCUGAUGGUACAUUUUAUGGAUUUUCUAUGUUAUGGUUUAAAUUAACUGGAGGUGUUGAAAUGUUAGCUCAUGCCACCAAACAAUAUUCGAUAUUUUUACGACGUCUACAAUGCGGCGGUGAUUUGUAUCCGGGUCAAGGGCUUAAUUGCACAUAUAAUGCUACGCAUCAAGGUAUUUGCUCAGCAGAUUGUAUUAAAGGUCUUGAAGAAUCGGGUGAAUAUUGUGGAUGUGUUGGUGGAAGAGGUCCACAGUGUCCGAACAGUCCUAUUCAUAUUCGAUGUUGCUUAGAUACCUGUUCACAAGAGCUGAAAAUGGAUCUAGGAUUUGUUCUCGAUGCUAGUGGUAGUGUCGGUGCAAGCAAUUAUAACCUGCAACGAAGCUUUGUCAAAGAUUUACUUCGUCGAGUUAAUGUUGCCAGAAAUAAAACUCAUGUUGGUAUUAUAAAUUAUUCGACGGGAAAUGAGAUUUUGACAUGGCUAGAUCGUGAUUAUACUCUCCAACAAAAAAUUCAAGCAGUAGACAGAUCAGUCUACUUUGGGCAAGGCACAAACACAGCUUCUGGUCUUCGGCAAGCAGAUACGGUUUUUACAUCUAAUCGCGGUCUUCGAGAACCAGAAGACGGUGCCACACGAGUCAUUUUUGUAAUAACUGACGGCAUGAGUGCUGAUCGAAAUGCUACUGUACAAGCUGCUCAAACUUUAAAAAACAAAAAUAUUCAUAUAGUCAGUGUCGGAGUCGGUGAUGAUUCGAAUCUUGAUCUCAUCGAAUUGCACGCUAUUUGUACACCACCAGAAACUGAAAAUUAUUUUGCAAUAUCAAAUUAUGCAGCUCUUGAUCGCAAAUUAAAUCAAUUUACAUCGAAAACAUGUUCAGAACCUGCGCCUCUUCCAACAAACACUACUAUUAUUGAUGAAGUCGGAAAAGAUAAGUACAAAUUUUUAAAAAUUAAAAUCGAAAUAAUUGGUAACAAAAUUAAAGUUACCAUUACGUUGUUGAAUGGCAAUGUACUCGUAUUCUACUCGUUCAAUAAUCGAAAUCCGAAAGAUCCUGCUGAAUUUAAUCUUUAUGAAACAAAGACAAGCAAUUUCUUUGGAAGAUUUUUCUCAUUAUUCGAAUCAUAUUCAAAGGAAACACGAGCUUCCAGUAAUGAAAUGACAUUGAUCAUUGAUAAACCAGAUACAAAUCCGGAAUUUGUCUAUAUUGGUGUCAAAGGUGUAGAAGAUAAUAACAAAUUCGAAGUGAAAUUCGAUGAUUGUCAAUUUGUAACAUGCAAUAGUUGCACAUUACUGUCAACAAUGAACUUUCUCGCCAUGAUUUUGUUUAUCGUGGCUGCUUUUCUCUUCUGCUAA